CGACACGAGAGCCGGCAGCACUGAGAGCUCCGCGACGCGCCUGUAUCUGUGCACCCCGCAGUUUGGACCUUCCCCCGACAGUCGCGAUGGAUCCGUGAACUGUCCCGUCCGUUGUUUUUGUUUUGGAGGCGAGAAGAACUCAAGGUAUAUACGGAAGUUUGAGCUUGCAAUGGAGUUAUGGAUGGGGAGAAUCGGAUAAUAUUGAACGUUGGCGGUAUUCGCUAUGAGACAUACAAGGCGACAUUGAAGAAGAUUCCAGCCACGAGGCUUUCGAGGCUAACCGAAGCGUUGGCAAACUACGAUCCCAUCCUCAACGAGUACUUCUUUGACAGGCACCCAGGAGUGUUCGCGCAAAUACUUAAUUACUACAGAACGGGCAAGCUGCAUUAUCCGACGAACGUAUGCGGUCCAUUGUUCGAGGAGGAACUGGAGUUCUGGGGCCUGGACUCGAACCAGGUCGAGCCGUGUUGCUGGAGCACGUACAGCGUCCAUCGGGACACGCAGGCAACCCUGGCGAUUCUGGACAAACUGGACAUAGAUUCGGAACGUCCCAGCGAUGAGGAGGUGGCCAGGAUGUUCGGGUACGAGGAAGCGUACCAUGCAGGUACCCUAACGCGUUGGCAGAAGCUCAAGCCAAAAAUUUGGGCUCUGUUCGAUGAACCCUAUUCCUCCUCCUCCGCCAAGGUACCGCCGCUGAAUGUGCACCAUCGAAAUAUUGUGGCGGGAGCUUCCGUAUUUUUCAUAUGUGUUUCAGUGUUUUCGUUCUGUUUGAAAACCCAACCGGGAAUGAGAGUAACAUGCCAGUACAGCAAAGAUCCCAACUGCACCGAACCCCAUCCCUAUUUUUUAACCGUCGAGCAUUUCUGCAACGCCUGGUUCACGUUCGAGCUUUCAGUUAGAUUUAUUGUUUCUCCAAACGUUAUAGAGUUUAUAAAAUCUCCAGUAAAUAUAAUAGAUUUCGCCGCAACUCUGAGUUUCUACAUCGACAUGAUCUGCGUCUACGACAAGAAAAACCAACUCCUGGACUUCAUCAGCAUUAUCCGAAUCUUGAGACUUUUUAAACUCACACGCCACUCUCCUGGUUUGAAAAUCCUCAUUCAUACAUUCAAAGCUUCAGCUAAGGAACUUGGACUGUUGGUGUUUUUUUUGGUGUUGGGCAUCGUUGUGUUUGCCAGUUUGGUUUACUACGCUGAAAAAACACAGGAUAACAAGGACAACCACUUCAAGAGCAUCCCUGAAGGACUGUGGUGGGCAAUUGUGACUAUGACCACCGUUGGAUAUGGUGAUAUGGCUCCGAAGACGUAUUUAGGGAUGUUUGUGGGAGCCCUUUGCGCCCUCGCCGGAGUGUUGACCAUUGCCCUUCCGGUACCCGUUAUUGUGUCCAAUUUUUCAAUGUUCUACUCACACACACAGGCAAGGGCAAAGUUGCCGAAGAAAAGACGACGGGUGCUCCCGGUAGAACAGCCUAGAAGAAAGAAGCUGGAGAACACGACUAACCGUAGAAUGAACGCCAUAAAACAUCAUCAUCCAGCAGUGUUUAAAGAUGCAUUUGGUAACGCCAAACUAGGUAUAUCACAUUUUUUGCAUCCAAGUAACGUAAAUGGCGUAAACGUUAUAGGAUUAGCAUUGCAGGGUCCCUCAGUACCAAGUAUAGCAGUCCUCCAUCAUAACGGACCGUACAAUUUAGCAAGUUCACCUGAUGAAAAUGCUCCACCAAGUUCAUCGAGUGUGGCAGUUUCUCCACUCCAGCCUCGACCAGCAACUACGGGCAGUACCGAUGUACUACCCCUGCAACCGAAGUACUUGCCCCAUUUCGAGAGAGAGUACAAAUCGGAGCCGAGAGAAAUUUCCCCCCUCCAUUUUUCAGAAUCUAAUCCUCCAAAAGUAACCGAAUCAGAAAUAGGUCUGGCGAGCGUACCGGCCAUGGCAAUCGGGAGUUCCACAGAAGUUCUCGUCAGCAUUGUGGAGAACCAGGCGAAACUACGACGUAGCUCAUUUUUGGCUAAAAACCAAGAACAGAAAUCUCCAGAUUUUGAUGUUGGAAAGUCUCCCAGCACCGAAAUGACUUACUCGUCAAAUCAGUCUGCAAAUUCGAUGGUGGAAUCGGAUGUGGAAGUAAUGAAGUCACCUAGUACGGAUUUGUCGGCAUUACAGACGCCGAAUGAGGAAUUCACUGAGCUGGACACCAACGAUAACGAGAAAGUUUGUGAUAACCUGUUAGUUAGUGACUCGAUAGAUCAAUUAAACGAUGCUAAUGUAUAGAUGUAUAUAUUUCUGACUAGGAGACUAGGGAAUUUUUUAAGUAAUAGUCAAUUAGGGAAAGUACUUGACCAAUUAAUCGCUAAUUUCACGUACUUUCUCGCAUUUUGAUUAUUAUAUUUUUAUAAAUGUUUUCAUGGCACUCUACAGAAUGUUCGGUUUGAACAGACAAAACCCCCAUAUUUUUAAGUUGCUUAGAUAAUGCUCAAUUUCUAUGUAAGUGCUUGACAAUCCGAACACCCUGUAUCAAACAAGUUUAUGCACAAUUCUAAUAUUGUUGUCUUUAAGUUAAGUUCCUCAAGAACCAUCCCUUUUAUGAUGUAAUCCACUGGGCCCAAAAUAAUUAUUGUAAAUCCAAGGUAUACUUUUAGACUUUAGGUGCUUUAUUAUCAAUUGUUAAAAGGCAGUUUUUUAUGAGAUUAGUUGAAUUUUUUCUCUGUGAGAUUUGGCCAAUUAUACAAAAUUGUUGUUUUCACCCCAAUUUGAAAAAUAUAGAUGGCGUAUUU